UUCUCAUCGAAAGUCCUGACAUUUCCAUGGACUAGAAGAACUCCAUCAGAAGCUACCGUACUUUUUUAAUGAAGAAAGGCAAUGAAAGUCCACUGCUCAAGCAUUUAUUUUACUUUUUCAGAUGAAGGACAUACUAAUGAAACUCUCAUUAAACAAAAGCAUUUAUAUCUCGCCCGCUGUCCAAGAAAAUCUCAGUGAUUAUCCAAGGAAGGGACAUGCAUGAACAAAGAGUUAGAAGACAAAUGGCUUUUUUUACACCUAUCUAGCAACCACUCCCAUGAGGACUAGAAUUCUAUAACCCAAUUCUCACAAAACUUCCCUAUAAAUUCCUCACACGGUAUCCACAACACCAGAGGCGAAAAAUAUCAUGGCAGCUCAAGAAACUCAGGCAGAAAUUCCCAGAGAUAAGUACCGCUCUUUCUUGUAUGAUGAUGCUGAGAACACUCACUGGAGACAUGGCGGUCCUCCCUCAUAUGAAGAUGUGAACAGUCUCUUCGAACAAGGCCGAACCAAGGAGUGGCCGAAAGGAUCGUUGGAAGAAACUGUACAAAACGCUAUCAAGUCGUGGGAAAUGGAGGUCUCACACAAGACCCGGGUGCAAGACAUCAGGACAAUAAGUCCCGAAAAAUUCAAGUUAAUCAUCAAUGGUAGAGAGGGUUUAUCUGCUGAAGAAACUCUGAAACUCGGAACCUACAACGCAUUGCUGAAAACUUCUCUGCCAGAGGAAUUUCAAUACUACAAAGCUGAAAAAGAGACAUUUGAAUCUUCUCAUGAUACGUUCAGAUCGGCCUUUCCUCGUGGUUUCGCAUGGGAGGUGCUGGAGGUUUACUCCGGGCCACCGGUUAUUGCCUUCAAGUUCAGGCACUGGGGUUUCUUUGAAGGGCCUUUCAAGGGGCAUGCGCCCACUGGAGAGAUGGUGGAAUUUCAUGGCCUCGCGACUCUUAAGGUUGAUGAAUCACUGAGAGCAGAAGAAGUUGAGAUAUACUACGACCCAGGACAGCUGUUCGGAGGUCUAUUGAAGGGCUCAAUUAUCCCAGAAUCCCACAAUAAAGACACCAACGACUUCUCUGAAGCCGCUGCUUGCCCGUUCUCCAACAAAUAAAUGAUACAUAUAAUCUAGAUGCCAUGCUCAUCGAGCUUGCGUGUGUUUGUCAUGGCUCGAUUUCAUACUGUCCAUGUAAUGAGCUGAACAUAUCCUUGUGUUCGACUUAUGAAUCUGACUUGCCUCUCUCUCGUGCC